AGACAAAAACAGUUCAGACGGCGGACACGGAGUGGCUUAACGGACACGGCGCACGGUGUGCCCGCGGGACGAGCGUGAACCGAACCGGGUGGCGGCUACAGGGACGACGUCGUGCGGUGGUCGGACCUCCUCUGUUACACAUUUAUAGCAGGGACUCGGAACAAAACAAACCGAGUCCGAGACAGGCUGAAUCAUCCACGGGCUAGCAGCCUCCCACACCGCGGAGGUACACAGUCCCGUUAACCGGGGGAGGCUAACCUCUUCUCCUCGGUGAGAGAUCCCCAUCAGCACCACCAGCAGCAGCAGCAGCCGCUUCGUGUUCUGACUGUUUACCGAGUUUACCGUGUCACCAUGAGACCGUAGAUCUCCGUUAGCACCUUAGCAGGCUAACGUUAGCCGCAGCAUGUAGCUGGAGGCUACGUGUUGGGAGCCUCAAACACGUUCCUGUUUCCUGAGAUGAGAAUGUAAAGCAACACUAAAGCACAAUGGCUAACUUCGAAGCGUACCAGGAGUAUCACAGGAUCGAGGACUUCGAGGAGGACUCUCCUCCCGGCGAGGAGGAUCUACUGGUCCAUGUGCCCGAAGGCCUGAAAGACUCAUGGCACCACAUCAAGAACCUGGAUAACUUCUUCACAAGAAUCUAUCAUUUCCAUCAGAAGAACGGCUUCGCCUGCAUGAUGCUCUCGGAGUUCUUUGAACUUGUUCAGCUUCUGUUCGUGGUCACGUUCACGACCUUCCUGGUCAACUGCGUCGAGUACGACGUGCUGUUUGCCAACCGAGCGGUGAACCACACGGGGCCGGGCCAGAGCCCGACGGACAGGAACAAGGUCACCCUGCCGGACGCCAUCCUGCCGAGUCAGCAGUGCACCGAGAGGAUCCAGGGGAACAGCUGGAUCAUCUUCCUCCUCAUCAUGGCCGCUGUCUUCUGGGUGUACCGUCUGGUUAAAGUCUUCUGUAACAUCCUGAGCUACUGGGAGAUCCGCCAGUUCUACAUCAAGGCCCUGAAGAUCCGAAUGGACGAGCUGUGCAACUUCACGUGGCAGGAGGUGCAGGACCGGCUGAUCAGCCUGCAGAGGGAGCAGCAGAUGUGCAUCCACAAGAAGGAGCUGACCGAGCUGGACAUCUACCACCGCAUCCUGCGCUUCAAGAACUACAUGGUGGCCAUGAUCAACAAGUCCUUGCUGCCCGUGCAGCUGCAGCUCCCCCUGCUGGGCAACGUCAUCUUCCUCACCCAGGGCCUCAAAUACAACUUCGAGCUGAUCCUGUUCUGGGGCCCCGGCUCGCUCUUCCAGAACAAGUGGAACCUGCAUCCCAAGUACAAGCGCAGCGGGAACCGGCUGGAGCUGGCGCAGCAGCUGAGCCGCGUCAUCCUGCUGAUGGGCGUGGCCAACCUGCUGCUGUGCCCCUUCAUCCUGGUGUGGCAGGUGCUCUACGCCUUCUUCAGCUACACCGAGGUGAUCCGCCGGGAGCCGGGCAGCCUGGGCGCCCGCCGCUGGUCGCUGUACGGCCGCCUGUACCUGCGGCACUUCAACGAGCUCGACCACGAGCUGCACGGGCGCCUGGGCCGCGGCUACAAGCCCACCUCCAAGUACAUGAACUCCUUCACCUCGCCGCUGCUCACCGUGCUCGCCAAGAACGUGGCCUUCUUCUCGGGCUCGGUGCUGGCCGUCCUCAUCGCGCUGACCGUGUACGACGAAGACGUCCUGACGGUGCAGCACAUCCUGACAGCCAUCACCGUGCUGGGCGUGGUCAUAACCAUCACCAGGUCCUUCAUCCCGGACGAGCACAUGGUGUGGUGUCCCGAGCAGCUUCUGCAGUGCGUCCUGGCCCACAUCCACUACAUGCCGGACCACUGGAGGGGCAACGCCAACAAGAGCGAGACCCGGGACGAGGUGGCGCAGCUGUUCCAGUACAAAGCGGUCUUCAUCCUGGAGGAGCUGCUCUCUCCCAUCGUCACGCCCUUCAUCCUCAUCUUCCUCCUGAGGAACAAGUCUCUGGAGAUCAUUGAUUUCUUCAGGAACUUCACGGUGGAGGUGGUUGGAGUUGGAGACAUCUGCUCCUUUGCACAGAUGGACAUCAGACGCCACGGAAACCCCACGUGGAUGUCUGAGGGCCAGACAGAAGCCUCCGUGUACCAGCAGGCGGAGAACGGGAAGACAGAGCUGUCCCUCAUGCACUUCACCAUCAAGAACCCGCGCUGGCAGCCUCCUCAGGAGAGCUCCGUCUUCAUCAGCCACCUGAAGGAGAAGGUGCAGCACGACGCCCAGGGCGGCCCGUCCACCCAGCUGCUGCUGUCCGAGGCCCCGCUCUGCACCUCGCUGCAGUCCAACGAGUCGGCCACCGGGCCCGAUAACCUCCUGGCCAGCGUCCUGGCCCACCCCAUCCUCACCGCCUCCGGCCUGCAGGGCCGGGACCACCGCUUCAUCCCCCCGAGCACCGCCGCUUCCGCCGCCGCCAGCGUCCUGGCCUCCCUGUCCACGUCGCAGCUCCCGGCGCACGGCGGCCGGGCUCGAGCGCACGGCCUGCUGCCCUCCUCCGUCCACCCCGAGACCACCAUGUACCGCAGCGACCGCACCGUCAUGGACAGUAUGUCCCGCAGUGAGUCUCGUCUGCGGAGCAACACGCUGCACUCUGAGUUCGCCUCGGCAGAGAUGAGUCUUCACGCCAUCUACAUGCACGAGCUCCACCAGCAGACGUCCCACCCUCAGAGGACGUCUGUCCAUUGGCAAAACCCUGUGCCCCUGAGAGACCUGCACACUCAAACAGGCCUCCAUGCUCCCGGUGGUCUCGGCUCCAGCUUGCCCACCCCGGUCCACCUCGGUGGCUGGCGGGAGGAGGAAGAGGAGGAGGACGAAGGUGAACAGGAGAUCGUCAGUGGUUCUCCUCCGGAGCAGCGAGCUGGGAGCAGCUGUUGAAGUGCCUUUGGUCCUGAGGUAUCUGGGAGGUAUCGGUAACCCGGCCACCUGCGGUUCAUCGGAACUUUGCGCAACGGCCUCCCGCGAAGACACGCCGCCGUGACGUCUUCUCUGUUUUUUGGGGGAUUUUUUUUUGUUUGUUUGUUUUUGUUUUGUAGUGUUUACAUUUGCGUUUGCUCGGUGAACAUUGUGGCCUUAGACGAUCUUCAGUUGACCCUGGAAACAUCGGUGCUCGUCCCGUCACAUCAGGGAAAACCCCGCGUCUUCCAUCCACCGUUCGACUCUGCAUUGAACGUCCCCGCGACAGACAGACGCUGUAAACCUGCGCUGCGUGCAGAGUCGAGUGUUUUAUCGAAAGGUGUUUCCUCAGAAGCAUGUGGAGGGAAUCCCCUCAAACAUGGAGUCAAAGGUCAAAGCUGGUCUGCGUCAGUGUGAUCCUCCUCCUUUGACCCAGAAGCAUAGAAAAAGAGGAGGUUUAGCUAAGUUAUGAAAAUAAAUAUGCCACUUUUUUUUGGGAAUAUACUAAAGAAAACACAUAACACGUUUCGUGUGUAAAGACCUUUAAAAGCUGCCUGAACAUGAUUACCCAUCUGUAAAUACUCUUCUGUUGUCCCACUGUCCAUCAGAAGUACAUUUUCCCUGCAGUCUCACAGUGCUUUCAUGAGUAAGUAGGAAGUGGGACAGUUCUGACUUCCAAGUGGGAAUAAAAGGAAAAACCAUCUACUCUUUAGAAAAAUUGGAGAAGCUCAUGCAGUGUCGGUCAGGCUGACCGCACAAGUGCUUUUUUUUUUUUACAAAAAAAAAACAAAGUAUUUCUCAGUGAAGCACUGUGAUGGAAUGAAACAACCGUAUUAAACAUUAAUUGAAAAUAAUCCGAUUUUUGGUAAAGUCAAUAGAUAAUAUUGACUUUACAGGCGUCAUUCAGUUUAGAUCAUAAGAUUAGUGACAGCAUUAUUUAUCCGAAGAUAUUUCGAAGGCUGAUUGUGAACUUUUAGUUUUUUGUUGUCACAUGAAUGAUCACAACCGGUAACUUUUGGAACUCGGGAGUUCCCAGUUGCACGAAUGCACCAAAAUCCAAGUACUGAUGUUCUACAGAAGCGACUGAAAUGCAGCCGUGAUGUGGUUUCACACGCGCUUCAAUGCUGCUAGCUGUUCAUUUCAGCACAACUGAAUGCGGAUUUCAGUUCAGUGUUAAAACGUUUCUGCAGCUCUCGUGUCGAAAGGUUUCCGAUCAGGACUGUCCGGACUUCCGCAACACAUUUAUCACAUUUCUAUGUCUUUUCUUUUUUCUUUUUUCUUUUUUUUGGUGCAUCUUUUAGCUGCGUUUGAAUUUUAUCAGCAGGUGUAAACCGACAUAAACAGAGUUUCAGUUUAUGAAGGGCAGCCGAACUGCUGCUUCUGCAAAAGCAUGAGAUAAAAAAAAAAAGCUUUUCCACAGUCAGCAUCAUGAGUAUUUAUCACCCAUUUCUUAACACAAUAUAUUAUUAUAUCUAAAUUAUUUAUUUAGAGAAAGAAACAGAUUGUUUAAGCAGAUAAUUCUCAUAAAUUGUUUUCUUUUUUUGGGGGGCGGGGGCAAGUAGCUUUUAUAACUGCCGCUCUGGGUGCAUGGGUACACAAUCAUAAAGAAUUUGAAAUUAUAGAAAAAAAAUGGACUCAAACUAAAUUACAGUCAGUUAGAAACUAGCUGAAAAACUCACCUACGUACCGAUAAGAUGGACAGGGAGCUUUUAUAACUGCUGCUUUCACAGUGCAUGUGUCCAGUCAUGAGAAAUUCAAACUGAGGACGAAGGAACAAUCCUUCACUGUGAGUAAACUAGUGUGAAGCCACUUUGAAACUCAUUUAUAAGGUUCUAAAUUCUAAUUAUAAUUAGGUCACUUUUAUGACGGCUGCCGUCCAAAAUCAAUCCCCAUAGUAAGACGAAUGUAAGCUGCAAGCAGUGGAUUGAACAGACUUGGGUGAAUGUUAUUCUAAAACAGAAUGUAGCUUUUAUAACUGCUGCUGAAUCUGGUCCAAAGAUCGAGAAAAUACGCAGAAAAAUGGGAGUUUAAAAUCAGCAUGAAACUAAUAUGAAACCAAAAUGAAUGUUAAAAAAACGUUUUUUGUAUUUAUGCUUUCUAACUGCUGCCGCCACAGUGCACGUGUGGACAAUCAGAAAUAGAUUGGAGGGAAGGAAACAAUAUCCAAAUUAGAACUCUAGAAUUAAGAGAAGUGGGAAGCUAGUUAGAAGCUAGGCUAAAAGCCCAAACCUUUGUAAAAAUGACAGUGAAAUUGUUUGAAAACUGAGUAUACAAGUGGCUAUCAUCAGACAGAAAUUGGAGGGAUUUGAUCUGCAGUUGAAAUUUGAAAAACUGCUGACAAAACUCUUGUCUGAAACUAGUAGGAAAUUAGAUUAAAAGCAAGAUAGAAAUGUAUCCCAAAGCUAAAACUAGUCUAAAACAUGACCUGAAGGCAGCUUUUAUAACUGCUACUGUAAGAGAGUGGAAUCAUUUCAUGAACAAACUCUGCUCACACAUUUUAGAGAACUUUUAGCUCCAAUUUGACUCUAAACUAAAAGUAUUUUAAACAGUGAAAACAUUUAAAGCCUAUUCUGCUGCUAACACAAGUACAGUUUCACUUCUUAACAGCUAUAAGAGCUACUUGCAGGCUCGAUCAUGUCUCCUCAGUUCAUUCGAUGAAAAUAUAGAAAAAUAUAAGCUUUUUUUUUUCCUGUUAUAGUUUCCAAGGAAGUUUGAAUUACUUCACAAUUGUGUUUAAGACUGCGCAGUGCUGAACAUCACGCUCAAAACAAGUCAGACUCAUCCAUAUAGAAACUUUUUUUUCAUUGAGCUUGGUGAAUGCAGACACGUCCUCGAGAAUUAUGCACUGAUUGAAAAGCCUGUUAUUGUGUGUUUUUUUUUUUUUUUUUUUGUGCGAGUCGAGGAGCAGCCCUCAUGCACAUGUUUGUUGAGACAGUCUGAAAGCUGCUCGGUUUUAUUUUUAUUUUUUUAGUAUCUAUGUGUGUGUGUGUGUUAUCACUCUUUAUGUGUAGAGUGUUCCAGUUGUGGUGCGCUGCAGAGACACGCCCACAUGUUUUCCAGUCCUGUCCUCAGAUCAUCAGCAGUGCCUUAUGGGGAGAUCCGCCUCAUGUAAAACUCAGCAGUGUUUUUGUUUUUCCCCCGAAUCAUCAGUCUCAGAGGACGCUCGAGACGGCUUCUAAAAUAUCUCAAGCCUUCUAAUCUCCUGUUUUCACUGCAACACCAACAGGAAAUACAUGGAAUUAAAUUUCACACAACUUAACAUUAAAAAAUUACUUAAAAAAAAAAAUGAAAUUAAAAAAAUUGUUCAGAAGUAACUUCUCAGUCUGGGUUAGCUGUUAACAAACAGGUCAAACUCAUGUUUAGUUCACGUUAAAACCAACCGCAUGAGCCAAGAAGCUCCAACAACCCAGUAAUCUGAACUAAUCUGCAGAUUUGUUUUACUUGGUUAACCAAAAAGACAGACAGGCGGCCUUAUGGGAGGGCUGGCCACAGUACAUGCUAACCCAAACUAGUAUUAUCGCAACCAACUAGACUCUUGUUAUUGCAACUGACUGGAUUGUUGUUAUUACAACCAACUAGAUUUUAGUUCAAUUUACUUGACACUUGUUACAAUGACUAAUCUGAUUUGGGUUGUUUGGAAGGAGAUUUUGUAUUACAACUAACUGGACUCUAGCUGGGAAAACAAAUCAUGAUCUUUAUUACAAUUAACUCAGACUUUUGUUGCAAUGAAAAACAGAGUUAAAUCAUCAUAAACAACUAUAAUCUAGUUGUGGCAAAAUAUUCUUGAUACAGCCAACUAAACUCUGGUUAACUAGAAUUUAAUUGCUGCAACUUGUUGUUGCGACUAACCCAGGUGUAGUUGUGGAAAAAAUAGGCUGAUUUUUAAACCUACAUCUGAGGCAGACUCUGGUUGUCACAACUAACCAAACUCUAGUAGUGGCGGCUAACUAGACCGCGGUUAAUAAAAUUAACCCAGACUUUAGCCGUUUGUGCUCGAGUCUGGCUCGGCUGUUGUGAGAGGGAUUCGAACCGUGUUACGGCCGUCCUCGGCCUCCCUGCUGGCAUCAGACAAACAGUGACGCGGUGGACAAGUGGGACGGGUGACGCAGGCUUCCAGUAAGUUCACUGAGGAGGAUGGGAGUCGGACUGCAGGUCGGUUGCCAUGGUGACUGCCUCUCCUCCUCAGUUCAGACUGAUUCGGGCCUGUUGUGUGUUUUAAAGGUACAGGGUGUCCGAUCGCAGUCACCGGGUGUUGAGUCACUCGAGCAUGCAGUGACCGGGAUUUGAACUUGUUUCUUGUUUUCUCUUGUUGGACUCAGUUCAGGCCUGAAGCCUGAGGUCACUCACUACACCACCCUGUGGAACAAAGUGGUAUUACAAGCAUGAAUAAAGUGGGACGUUUACCGCGCUAACCUCAGUAAAUCAAAGCAUGAAGCUUAUUGUACGAGUCGAAACAUCUCGCCACGCUUGCAUACUGGACUCAGCAUACCAAUCCUCCUUCACAUAGUGAGCAACAUGAACUUAUUUUUUGCUUUUAGACAUCAAAAUGAAUCAAAAUAUCGGCCAGUACAGUCACUUUAGUAAAAACUUCAUUUAAAAAAAAAAGAAACAAAAAUAAGUUCCUCUACCUCACUGAAAUCAUCAGUGUUUUCAGUAUGUGUGAGCUACAGAGUGGCAUUAUGUUUUGACUCAGAAAUUACAUAUACAUGCAAAAAAAAAAAAAAAACCCUGAACUUUGACUUUCUC